CUUGUUGCCAAUCCAGCCCUUGGCAUCGAAUCUUCACUCUCGUCCCUUCCCUGUCCUCAUUUGCCCAGGCCAUCUGCGCCGAUCGUCGCUCGUUUGCCUCUCGUCAACCCAGCCAUGUCGUCUCCUCAGCCUCCCCAACCCUCAAAACGGGCAAAGCCCAACCGCACGUCCCGUGCAUGCGAUGCAUGUCGAUCCAAGCACAACAAAUGCAACGGCGAGCAACCGUGCAAACCCUGCCUGGCGAGCGGUCUCAGCUGCACUUACCACCAACCCCAGCUCAAGCGAGGCCCGCAGCCCCUGAGCUCAUUAUCCAUCGGGAGAUUCACUGGGUCGCCAAGCUUGGCCGGCUCUCCGUUCUCUGCCGGCUCACCCGCCCCAUCCAAAUCCGAGAGCCCGCCCAAAGACGAGAAAUGGGGCACGGAUUAUUGUGCGAUCCGAGACACAGCCAACGGAGCAACCACAUACCUCGGGCCAACGGCGCUUGGAGGAGGAGUGUGUCUGGAGCAAUGUCCUCGCAACUCCCAGGGCCUGAUCGAAUUUCGCAUUGCCUCGGCAUCGUGGACCAGCCAGCGCAUCCCACGAGCAGAAUCGCUGCCGUUUUCAGAAGAGGCAACAUCAGUCUUGAUCAAGGCCUUCUUCCACAGCGGCAAGCCGCUUGGUGCCAUGAUCCAUAGACCGGAUUUCGACCACGAAUAUCAGUCGGACACCCAUUCCAAACCCUUCAGUUUGCUUGUUUGGACAAUGUGUUUGUUCGCCGUGCUCCAGAACGAAUCCCUGGAGAUGAUGGGGAUCCAAAACGUCGAGGAAAUUCGCCAAGCGAUGAUUCAGCACUGUCGGUCAUCCAUCAAAAAGCUGAAGCAGCACCCCCACAUCCACACUCUCCGGGCGCUGAUCCUGUGGAGCUAUAUUUGCUUGGACAGCACAGAUGCGAUCAAGCAAAGCGCCAGUCUAUAUAUGAGACUGGCCUGGUCGAUGGCGGUCGAGCUGGCUAUUCAUCUCAACAUGGAUGCCUUGGGCGAUCCCCCUCCCAACGCCGCUGCGCAGAAAGCCAACCGCAGCACGUUUUUCGUUCUGUAUGCCCUCGAUUGUCUGUCGGCUCUCUUGACAGGAAGACCUGUUCUGAUACGCGAUGAUGCCUGGGACCCGUCCCUCCUCGAUCUCCAAAGUGCGGACGAUGACUGGCGCUUCCUGACACUUAUGGUCGAUUUGGGACGGAUAUCCGGCGACAUGAUCUGCAAUUUGAAUGGACCUCGGACAGCUUCCGUCCUUGGCAAGCAGCAGUCGAUUGGGCAGCAGGCUGCCGCUAGACUCGACCGAUUUUGGAGCAAGAUCCCUCCACACUAUCGAGAGGCUUCGCAGGGUGAACGGCGCAUUGGCUUUUGGCUCCAAGCCCAGUUUCACUGCCUUCGGAUCUUAGCGAGUCGAAUGAUAUCCCCAAAGCUUACACCGACACCUGUCGCCAGUGCUCGCGCCAUCGUUCGGUGUAUGCGAGCUUUCUCGGCGCUCUGUCCCGGCAAACACGCCUUUCAAAUAUCGAUCAUAUCACACUCUACGAUAGUGGCAGCAAGCCUCCUGCUCGAUGUUAUCCUUGGCGGACCCACGACUGAGUUUGUCACCUACCAAGAAAAGAUUACGAUUAUUUGUGAACUCAACGAGAUUCUCACUCUCCUCGACAGCAUCAACCCGCGAGCAUCGAAUGCACUGCACCGCAUGAUCGAAAUGUGUAUCAACCGCCAGGACAUCCAUCAUAGGCCCCUCGCUGGGGCAGCACAGCACCACUUCCUCAAAAACCAUCCUCUAGAAACAAUCGAUCCGUGGUCUGACUGGCAUUUCACAGUGGCACCGAGCGAGGGCCGUCCUCCCCUUGGAACACUUGCGCCCUCUGGAGCAUCCCUACCCCUCGGAACACUUUCGCUCAUUUCUAGUCUUGGUACCGCUCAAGAUCUUGAUCUCACACCAUCGCCAAUUGCAGCGAGGUCCCCAUCAUGGAUGAUACAACCACCAACGUCUUCACUCAAUGGACGUGGACCUGUGCCGGCACAGCCAAUCGCAGCCAACAGCGGGAUUGUAACCGCAGGCGUUGUUGCAACCACUGCUGAGACAACCACUGCCGGGACUACCGCCACAUAUACUGCCUCUCCGACCCUCCUGAAUCCUUUCAGAGCCGCGACCCACAUGCCUUUCGGCCGCGAGUUGCUUCGAACAGCUGCUUUGCACUCCUCCGGCUUCGGCCCUCCGACAGCGUCUCGUGGCAACUCAGCCCGCACAGGGCACUGGGGCGACCUCCACUCUGGUCUUCCUGGACCAUUCAGUCCAUCCAGUGUGUCCACGCCAGGCAGAGGCCCGCUUCAAGCCACCGACGGGAUGGUCAGCAGUCGAUUUCGGAACGAAGACUACUGGUACGAUGGGACAAUUGGCACAACUGGGGCAACGACUCGGCAGACAGUCGCUGCAUCCUCCGAUCCAGGUCUGCAUAACCACGCGUUUGUCCUCUCGCAGGACGAGCAGGCAGUAUCUGGAUAUCAGCACCACCGCCGCGCUGUCGCACAGCAGAAUGACCCGCACCAAAUCACGACCCAAUAUCGGACCGGCAAUCCACGAUCUAAUAACCUCCAGCGUCCUGAUAUCGUGUGGUACUGAUGUUGGAGCAUCUCGAAGGAAGAGC